UGUGUGUGUGAGGGGGAGGAAAUAGAAGGUGGUGUGGCCACUUCCUGGAUUACUGAGGGGAUUUGAGCCGACAGGACAAAGAGGAGGCCAUGAAGCGCCCCGCCGCUGCCGCUCCCGACGGGGGAUGGGGCUGGAUGAUCGUCGCCAGCUGUUUCCUCACCACCAUCUGCACUCGUGCUGUAACAAGGUGCAUCUCCAUUUUCUUUGUGGAGUUCCAGCUACAGUUCUCUCGAGAUUACUCAGGAACGGCUUGGAUCCACUCCAUCGUUGACAGCAUGACCAUGCUCUGUGCUCCGUUGGGCAGUUUCCUUGGGAACCGUCUGUCUCACCGAGCGGCAGUGAUGCUGGGGGGGAUGCUGUCCUCUAUAGGCCUGGUGCUAAGCUCCUUCGCCACCAGUCUAGAGUUCCUCUAUCUCAGUCUGGGCAUUGUCACAGGCAUGGGAUUUGCUCUGAGCUACACCCCAGCUGUGGCCAUGGUGGGCAUGUACUUCAGCAAGAAGAAGGCUCUGGCGUACGGCCUCGCCAUGUCCGGCAGCGGCAUCGGCACGUUCGUGCUGGCCCCCGUUGUCCAGCUGCUGAUCGAGCGCUACUCGUGGAGGGGGGCGCUGCUCAUACUGGGCGGUCUGGUCUCUCACCUGUGCGUCUGCGCCGCGCUCCUGAAGCCGGUGGAGGAGCAGGAACAUCGGAGGGCCGACGAGCCGGAGAAGGGGUACCUGGUGAGCUUACCUGACGCUAAACAAGCCGAUGCUAAGCUAAGACACGUCAAGCUGCCCGACUUGAAGCUUGCGGACGGGAAACCCGUGGGGGAGAUUUUGAAGGAGUUCAAGCAAGCGGACGACUUGCGAGGUUGUACGAAACAACCUGAUUGGAGAUCAGCGGAGGGCAUCCACCUGACGACUGAGAAGUCCGACAUUAUGUACUUUUUGCCAAAGCCAGUGACCCAAAAUCCACGACACACAGACGUUGAACAUGCAGAAAGCAUGCAUGUGAUAAAUGAAAAAUGGGACGAUAUGUGCUUUUCGCCAAUGCAAUUGGAAACAGAUCAAGAAGACCCUGCAGAAUCAAAUACCCAACCAACAGUCACAAAGCUAGAAACUCAAGAUCCACCAAACACAAAGAGCGAGGCAGAGAGCAUGCGUGUGAUUACUGAAAAAUUGGACAAUGUAUCCUUCCACCCAAAGCAUUCUGAAACAAAUCAAGUUGAAGAAGAAAACACCACAAAUGCAAGUACAAAGCCACUGACUCAAUAUCCAACUGGUACAAAAGUCGGACUCUCAAAAUCAGUGGACCCAACACCACCGGCCUUAAUACUAACAGCACUAAAGUCUACCGAUGCUAAGCUAUGUGACUUAGAGUUACAGUGCUCUAAGCUAGUGGAGGCCAGACCCCUGGAGAAGAACUGGGUCUCUCCGGUGGUUCCCGUCAGGACUGGAUGGAGCAGCUGGUGUCGAGUUGUAGAGGGGUGCCACUUCUGCUUACCCCCCACAGAGGAGUACGGCUUCCUGCUGAUGACAGACUUCCUGUUGCUGUCGAUGUCUUUCCUGUUCCUGGCAUACGGCUGCAGUGUGCCCUUUGUCUACCUGGUUCCUUAUGGCCUCAGUGUCGGGGUGAGCCACCAGCAGGCGGCGCUGUUGAUCUCCGUGAUGGGGGUCAUCAGCAUCAUGGGAAACAUCACCUUUGGCUGGAUCACUGACUGGAGCUGUCUGCGUCCGUACCGCAUGGUGAGCUACAUGCUAGCGGUGGGGCUGGAGGGCUUCAGCUGCUUCCUGGUGCCGCUGCUGCACAGCUUCCACCUGCUGGUGCCCUUCGCGCUGCUCUACGGCUACUUCGACGGCGCCUACGUGGCGCUCAUCCCCGUGGUGACGUCGGACAUCGUGGGCUCCUCCUACCUGUCGUCCGCCUUGGGCGUGGUCUACUUCCUGCAUGCCAUUCCGUACCUCAUCAGUCCACCUAUCGGAGGUUGGUUAGUGGACCGAACCGGUUCUUACAUGACCACGUUCCUGCUGAGCGGGUUCUCCAUCAUGUGCAGCUCCGUGGUUCUGGGCUUUGUCUGUCUGCUGCGGCACUGCUGCAGGGAUCACUCCGGAUCCAGUCGAUCCAACGGAUCCAACCAGCCGGAUCUCAUAAAGCCAGCCUUACGCCAAGAUCUCCGAUGCCAGCAUCCUCUGAAGGCACAUCAUGCCAUACAAAAUGUGAUGUCUCAAGACUAGAGCCAUUGUACUUAAAAUGCAGACUUUUUUUUCUGAAAAUUGCUGAAAAGGGAUUUUGAAACAUUUCAUGUCACAGCACAUGAAUUCCACCAGAAAAGCUGGGGUCAUCUCUGGACUUACUUUCUGCACUGUGUUUCUGAGAAGCAUACAAACCCAGUUGGAUAGUGAUGUUUUCUACAAUUGCAGUACCAAAGAACAGAGACCAGAGACUUACAGUAUACACAAGCAACAGCUAGUAUCCAUUUCUAUGAAUAUUAUGCAUAUCAGUAAUAGACACUGUAUCUACUUUGAGUAGUAUACUCAGAACAGUGACAUUAGGUAAUUUUUUGUAUUUAUUUUGUACCUCAGGUUCAUGUGUUUGUUUCACUUUUUUCUAACAAAUGCAAUAGUUGAAGCAGGAGAAAGGGAAUAGUCCCUAUGGAGGACACUGCUAUCUGACUUCAGUAAUAGUGAAGUAAGCAGUCAUGCCCAGUUCACUGAAAAUAAAUAUGGAUACCUGGAUAGUUAGUCACUUGUUUAAGUUGAUUGAGUUGUGAUGUGAAAUUAAAAGAUACAU